GGCAGCGUAUUUCCGCCCCGAUUUCUCCACCCUUUCCCCCGCAAUCCAUACAUUUCGCUUGUAUCUAGCGUGGUCUCUCAUUCUGACAGCCAUCCGGGUAUCCCUUUUGGUUCAUUGCAUGACGCCCAAUUAGGCGUACCAUAUCUCAGAACACGUGGACUGACGCAUGGAUAUCUCAGCGUCUCUAGAGCACGUAUGAAUGUUCGUGUUGGAGCCUUAAGGCUGAAAGUCGUGCAUCAGUGCAAGGUACUACUAUACUGUCUUCCAUGUGAUGAGGAAGAUGAGGGAGAGGCUGUCAGACCACGCCUCCCUGCCGGAUUACCCCGACCGCUCUGUUUCUGUUUGGCUCAGGAAGGCUUGCGGGCGAGUGGCAGCGAUUGGAGGAGCCAAGGGCUGGGCGCGGUCAUCUGCAAGCACCAGGAGCCGUGGGAAGCUUUGGUAGCUUUGGCCGGCAGCGCCACGUCGGAUAGAUCGGCCGCCACCUACGUGCUCUGGAUCAGAUGGAACACCGCCAAGGGAGCCAAUGCGACACAAGCAACCAAUGACCCAUGAAGUCAAAAGAGUUAUUUCACUCCGUACGAGCACAACUCCCUGA